AUGCGUGACGCACCGAGCAACGCUGUUAUUGCUUCUGAGAUGAGACACACUAAGAAAGUUUUUGUGCCUCUCAGAACAGUAUCAUGGCUUAUUUUUGUUUUUCCUCUUUUAUUAUUGCAGUGUUCACUAGGUGAGUGAGUCAAUCUGUUUUCGAAGUUCCGUUUCACGGGUUUCACUUCCGAAAAUGGCGUCGUACAAUUUAAGACUCAAUUUCCUGUUCUCUUGCUUUGCAGGACAGCAAAAGGUUCACGUCUUUACAGCAACAGACUUCAUGCUUUUUGAUACCAACGAUCUCCUUUAUUUUGAGGUUUUACGGCCGAAAAAUAUUAGUUACAUCUACAAAGUUAGGCCUGCAAAAGACUUCGGUGGCAAAUUUGUAAGUAAGCUACAGUAAGUUGCUGUACCGUUGUAGCUCAAAUUUCAAGCCUACAGGCUUGACAGCUGUUACAGCUGAGUACAUUAAGCUAGUUUUUAUCGAGACAAUUUAUAUGGAUGGUCCAAUCCUCUCCAUAAGUGUGUAUUACUGAAAAAGUUGCAUUGAUAUUUAUGUCAUGUUUUUCAAUUCGUGGUAAAACAAUUGUCCUUAAAAAGUCUUACUUCCGGUAAGUCUUAAAGUUACAUAAGACUUUGUGAACAUAUAAUCUAAAAUUUUGUAGUUUUUAGCGAAGGAAAUAACAUUUAUUAAUAAUGUUAGCUUUACUUGUAUCUCGUAUUUUGUGUGAUUAAAUUCAAAAUUAGUGCUGACAGGGUUUAUUAAUAAUAAGGUACUGAGUGUACAGAUUUUUAAAAUGACGUGUCCUUAUGGAAAUCAGCUAGAGCAGCCAUCAAUCGAAACACUGUUUGCUUGAUAUGUUUAGCGUAUUUGAAUAACAAUGAUUUCAUGGUGGUAAGUGAUAAAGAAAACAUAAUGAACAUAAAUCUGUUUUGCAUGUUCACCACAGAAUUAAUACCAUUUCACAUAGUUACCAUUUCAUCUGGAGAAUAAUAAUCUAUAAGAAACCUAUUGCAAGGUCGUGGUAAUAACUGUUCCAAUUUAUUAUCUUCACCGAAAAACAUGUUAUUUUGAUUAUGACAGUUUAUUUUUAUUAAAGCCUACCCUGCUCCAGAGGUCCAUUCUCAAAAUACCUAAUUAAUGUGAAAUAAACCGUGCUUACAGUUUGAUAAGGCUUCCGAGUCAGACCUCUGGUCACACAAGCAAGCAACCUCAUUUCCAUGCAAGAAAUCAGUUCAGAAUCUGAACUGGGUCGCCGAUUGGUUACUCCCACAUCUGCAGGGAAUUAACGCUGUAACAGUGAACUUGAUUGGCUGUAUCGAAAAACUUCACUGCAUGAUAUUAAAAACCAGUUGCAAUUGUGAUGUUCACAACAAACAAUAUAAUCCUGAGUUGUAAUUCGGAGUUCCGCUUUCAUGUUUCCUUUUGGAAGUGUGGCUAAGCAAUCUCUGGCUAAACUUUGAAAUAAUUUAAGCCAACGUCCGACAACUGAAUCAACGUUGCUCGAGGAAGAAGCUUUGUUUGAAUUUUUCCUACUAAAAGGACGUACUUUGAAUGAAUGUGAUGAUUUCCUACUUUGCUUUGUCUUGCUGGGCUCAGUUCUGCAUUCUCACGGAUAGUACCCUAGAUGCAAAAGGUUUUUCCUUUUUUCCUAAUUCCUGAUAGUUCGUGGCGCAGUUUAUUUUCUAAAUAAAUGCAGCAGAAUGAUGUUUUGUUUGCAUAGCCGUUUUGCAAUUGCCUGGCAAUAUUCAGUUUGACCUGGUACAGUAAUACAAGUGUCGCAGACCGGAAAUCCUUUUUAUCUUGUUUACUUCUAAAAACAUACAGAGUGUGUACUUCUCAGCUGACUUUUGUCCUUUUUAUAUACUUGCAACUUGAAGUGUAUUUUUUUUGGAAAAGAAUUUGUGACAAUUUUAUUUUUAAUAGCACUUUCCUUUCUAAGUAAGCUUUCGCGCAAUUCUUUUUUCAUGCAUCGCGGAGGUAGAGUCUCGUAUGAUCAAAUCUCAGCUGUCAGCGCCAAUGAAAACAAACAUGCACAUCAACUCCAAACCGGUUUGAUAUGAUCCUAAAAUUGCAUGGAAACGAGACUUGUAGCUCCUGUGACCUAAGGUUAUGUUUUUCUCUUGGCACUUCACGCCAAAAUGAGACUCGUAGCUCCUGUGACCAAAGGUUAUUUUUUUCUUUCAGCGCUUUGCGCUUCGUUGUCGCUUAAUGCCUCAAUAUCAGUAAGAAAAAAAUAUCUUCUGGAACACAGGGUAUUUUAAGCCAGGUCAUUGGAUUAAAUUAUUUUUUUUGUCAGGUAGCUUGCAAUACUUCUUUUAAAUGCUUGAAAUUGGUUUAUGUCUGCUUUAAUAAACAUUUCUGAUUUUUGAUGUUUCAUUUCUCAUAUAAUUAUCAUAUCCAAGUUUCAAUUGUUUAAUUGUUCAGUGUUAUCAGCUGAAGCUGUUUUAAAAAUAAAAUCAUGGUCAUGCUGGCCUCUAAAUGUCUAUAGCUGAUAAAUUAUGUGCAUUAGUUAACAAAAUAAUAAUAUACAUAGGUUCAAAAUAUGUCCAACGUGUUGUAUCGUGAAAUUCUUAGUAGGCAGUUCAAUGUGGUAUUUAUUAAGUGCAAGGAAGCUUGUACCCAAUAGACCUCUUUAGAUAGAGUUAAGAUACAGUGUAGAUACAGUUAAUCAUAGUAUAUUACUGAAGAAGCUUGAAAAAUUUGGAAUAAGAGGUGUGCCCCUAGAAUGGUUUCACAGCUAUUUGAGUAACAGAACUCAGUAUGCACAGAUAGGUUGAACAUUAAAUCUGCUUCAUUAACAAUUAGAUGUGGCAUAUCACAAGGAUCAACACUUGGUCCACUUCUCUUUCUUCUUUACAUAAUGAUAGCAAUAUAUUUUACUCCUCAAAGAAAUUAGAAAAGACAUCAAAUAUCAGACAUAAGACAUCAGAAAAAAGACAUCAGACAAGACAAGACAUCAGACAUUUUACAUCAGACUUCAGAUAUCAGACAUAAGACAUCAGACAAAACACAUCAGACAAGACAAAAGACAUCAUACAUCAAACAUCUGAUGUCAGAUGUCUGAUUUCAAACAAAAGACAUCAGACAAGACUUCAUACAUCAGUUAUCAGACGUCUGAUGUCAGACAAAAGACAGGACAGGACAUAAGACAUUAUACAUACAACAUUUUACAUCUGAUGUCAGACGUCUGAUAUUUGUUGUCUGAUGUCAGGUGUCUGAUAUCAGAUGUCUGAUGUUUGUUGCCUGAUGUCUCAUGUCAGACGUCUGAUUUUUGUUUUCUGAUGUCAGACACCUGAUGUUUGUUGUAUGAUAUCAGACGUCUGAUGCCUCAUGUCAGAUGCCUGAUGUUUGUUGUCUGAUGUCAGACGUCUGAUGUUCGUUUUCUGUUGUUAGACGUCUGAUGUUUGUUUUCUUUUGUCAGACAUCUGAUGUUUGUUGUCUGAUGUCAGGCAUCUUAUAUCAGACGUCUGAUGUUUGUUGUCUGAUGUGAGAUGUCUGAUAUCAGAUGUCUGAUGUCAGACGUCUGAUGUUUGUUGUAUAUCAGACGUCUGAUGCCUCAUGUCAGAUGCCUGAUGUUUGUUGUCUGAUGUCAGUCGUCUGAUAUCAGAUGUUGUCUUAUGUCAGAUGUCUGAUGGCAGAUGUCUGAUAUUUGUUGUCUUUUGUCAGACGUCUGAUUUUGUUGUCUGAUGUCAGGCAUCUGAUAUCAGACGUCUGAUGUUUGUUGUCUGUUGUGAGAUGUCUGAUGCCUGAUGUCAGACUUCUGAUGUUUGUUUGUGAGGCGUCUGAUAUCAGACGUCUGAUGUUUGUUGUCUCAUGUCUCAUGUCAAACGUCUGAUUUUUUUUGUUGAUGUCAGACAUCUGAUGUCUCGUGUCAGACAUGAUUCUGAUGUUUGUUAUAUGGUAUCAGAUGUCAGACGACUGAUGUCGGACAUCUGAUAUCAGACAUCUGAUGCCUCAUGUCAGACGUCUGAUGUUUGUUGUCUGAUAUUAUUCCUAUUAAAACUAAAAAUAACAACUUUUAUCAGCCAAAUCAGGAACAAAGGCAACAAUAUUUUAAACUUGCUCUCUGAACUUUUUUUUACCAGUAUCUAAUAUACACUCCCACAGUGCAUGAUAUGCAACCCAUGAUAAUUAUUAUAGAAUACAUGCUAGAACAAAUUAUUGUAAAUUUUUCAUUUAAUUUUUUUGCCUCUAAGCUCUGUGAGUCAAUACCUAUGUCCCUAAAAUUGUCACCUCCUAAUUCUUUUAGAGCGUACUACGAACUCCAUUUGUUAAGUGAACAAAAAUGGAAUAAUGGGACCGCUGAGUUUUUGCAGCUAAUUCUUCCCUGUUGCAAUAACUCAUUGUUGAUUUUUCCAGUAUAAGUAAGGUUACAAUAUUCUGCUGUGGAACCUUGAUCCAAUGAUGUACCAAGGGACUGGCAAAAUUUGUUCACUAAAAUGUGAUUUUGUUAUAUCGAGGUUGUUAUCCAAAUAUUUUACGACAAAUUUGUUGGUUUUACCAAGGACUUUGUUAUAUAGACCUUCAUUACUUUGAGGUUUCACAUAGAUUUAACAUAGUGCAUAAUAAUGUUAACAUUGUUUUUGUUUGGUUUUUCUUUUUUCAUUAAGGAAUUCCAAUCAGACGCAGUGACAGUUAAUCUCGUUGCUGCAGAUCCUCCAGAUGCAUGUUAUUCUGUUAUUAAUGGUGAGGCCUUGCAGAAAUCAAUAGCCUUGGUUGAAAGAGGGUGAGUGCUUAACUACAGUGUACAUAUUUCCUAGAAUGAUUGCUACAUCGUUCUCCAAAUAGUGCAUUUUCUUUGCUCUAGUUUUCUCCACACAUUCACACCAAAACCACCCAUAACUGCCAGUGUGAAACCAUAAAGUUUAUACUAAUGUCUCUAAUGAACCACUUGUGAGGUCAUCAAUUUUACAGGCCUCUACCUUGUGAUUGGGAAAGAGAUCUUGUGUUAAAACAAUACCCAGAUGAGUACAAAUUAAUUCAUUUAACAGGUCAGAGAUAAAUGCUUGAUAAUGGUGUGUGCGUGACAGGAAUAAACCAGUAAUAUAAUCUCGUCCCACUUAACCCACCUGACAUACUGCCCUCCUUUCAUUGGGGGGCCUUGGGGUUUUUGUGAAAACUUCUUCCAUGGAAAUAAAACCUAGUAAAUUUAUGCUCCUCAUAAGAAAAAAGGGACAUGAAGUGGGGAACAGAGAAAGUGAAAGGUAAAAGUUUAUAGCAGGCAAUGUAGUGAUGUUCAUUUACAUGUAUGUACACCUGUAAGACUGUGUGUCAUUCAGCUGUGUGAGCCUUUCUUUUCUAACAAAUGGUGAAACAUUUUUCUUUCUCUCUGUUUAGAGGCUGUUCUUUUGUUUCCAAAGUUAAGACAGUUGAAAAUCAUGGUGCCAUUGCUGUGUUUAUAGCUGAUAACCAUCAUGAUAAUGGGGAAGGCUUAGUAGACAUGGUUCAUGAUGGCACUGAAAGAGAUGUGCACAUUCCUGCAGGAUUCAUGCUGGGCUCAGAUGGGUGAGUGUUUGUGAGAUGGGGUGACUCUUUGAAUAGCUAAUAGAAUAAGUAUGAUGCUACACUACAAAAGUUAUGAUCAGCACUAUCUAAAUCAAAAAUUGGAUAUUGGAUAAAUCUAAGUAGUAUUUUUGUUAUUUUUAUAAGAAUGUUGCAAAUGACAUGUUGCUAACAAGACAGUUCAGAUGCAUCCAACUUCUUACCUGUAGAAAGUGUUGAUCAUAACUUUUGUAGUGUAGCAUCAAACCUGUUAAUGAAUACUAUUUUAAGCAGAAGCUCAGUCAUUUCCUCUUCGCAAAAUGUAUGCAUCUUUAAUCAUUUUCUCCAACUCCGUCAAAACAGCUGAGCCAUUGAGCCUUUUGCUGAGUCAAUGUUCUCAAUAGUACACUAGGUAACAGGUAUUAUUGGUGUCAUUUGUACAGUUACUGUACAGUUGGUUUUGGAGUAGAGUGGGAAAAACUGGAGUACUUGGAAAAAACCUCUCUGAGCAAGGGAGACCAACAACCAAUUCAACCCACAUAUGGCGUCGAAGCUGGGAUUUGAACCAGGGCCACAUUGGUGAGGGGGAUGUAAGGGUUUUUGGCGAUGCGGUUUUGCUCCAUUUUUGGUGCGGUUUGGGGGAAUGUUUAUUUUAAGUUGUGGUAUUGCAGUUUUACAAAACCAAGCGGUUUGCAGUAUUCAGAAAUUUUCAGGUAAUUUCAAUGCGGUUUGCGGUUUUCCUAUGUCAUUGUGUGCGGUGUUUAUACCUAUUUCUGUGCGGUUUUGCGGUAUUCAUACGCCCCUUACACCCCCCUCAUUGGUGGAGGCGAGUACUCUCACCGUGGCAAAAUUUAUGAUAUGCGAAGGGCAAAAACAGUCCCCAGGUGAACCCUGUAUAUUUUACCACUGAGAGGUCAAACGAUAGUUUCUGCUUCAAAUGCUGUCUAAGACAUCAUUGAGUGUUCUACCAGUCAAUGCUCACAUGCAUGCCUCACAAUAUUGGACAACUUUCGGGAUGAGAAUUUAAUGUUCAUUUUUAUCCCUUUCCUACCCUAGGUAUCACAUAAAACGUGGAAUCGAGGGAGCUGGGAUGCAAGGAGCAGUCAUAUCAAUACCACUGAAUGUCACAACCAAUCCGAGUUUGUAUGCUCGACAGCCUCCUUGGUCAAGCUGGUGACACAAAUCAAGAAAAUUUGGAUUUAUAUUGAAAAAUUGAUUUAGUGGUUACUUUAGAAUGGACACAGUAGAAGAGAGUCACUAUUUUUUCUGAGAAGUGUUUUAUACAGCCUGGUUUCACAAAAGAAGAAAUGAGUGAUAAAUUGAUUGAGAUGCACGUUUGUUUUAGGUGGCAAUCUGACUUUCUGCCAUGGAAGAUUGUAGUGUUAAUUUUUUUUUUCAAAGUUUCAACCUCGUUUCCAGGGUAUCUAUUCUUAUUACAAAGAGUCGAGAUCUGGAGAUGAGGUCGCAAAGGUGUUUUUAUUGCUGCAGGCGUUGCUUAUAGAAUCUGUGGUAAGAACACUUAGUUAUGGAAACUUAUCGCUGAAUCAUAAUUCAAAAUAGCUUAUCUGACUUAAAGCAGAAGUCAAAAUAAUUUAGUGCUUUUUUACUAGCGACGUAUUAUUCAUAAGUUAUUUGAUAAUUUAUAUUCCACGUAUAUUAUGUCAAAGACUUUGAGAAAGUGUUAUGGUCAGGUAUUUUCAGAAAAAUUGAGAUUUUUACAAUAAAGUUUUUGUCAUUUGGAAUUUACUAAAAUAGACCGCUUGAGGCAAAGUUUUGUUGUUUAAAGCACGUGUAAACCAAACGAAGCUUAUUUGUGGGUUUACACCGGUGUUCUUCAAUAAGUGUUUCCUUGUGGUUUUCUUACCAAGGAAAAAUGUUUGUAAUAAAGUUAUUCCAUUUACAUGAGCAAGGAUAACACUUUCGUUUAAGUGAGGCUUAACUCGAGAAUUUGUAAGAGCAACUCUGAAUUUAACGUGCUCGUUGGCGAUUCUUUUUGCCUGACAUACUUAAACUUAAAAUUGUGAACUGUAAAUGAUAUUUUCUUUCCUUGCAUUUAAUGUAUAUAUAUAUUUUCUAUAUAGUUUUUAUGUAGCGUCAGCUCGAAGAUAUUAGCUUGUUAGCUACUCUAAAAUUCGAGUUUAAAUAAAGUUUUAUGUUAUGUUAUGUUAUUCCAUAGAGCAGAUCCUCCGUACCUAAUUGAAAGCUGGAUAAAUUGCGAGUUAAAGCGUGGUAUAACAGCGUUGCCUUAUGUGUUGACGGU